AUGGCUUCUCGGGACGAAAUGGCGGCUGUGAAUGCCGAGCCCGCGGCUGGCUCUGGAAACGAGGCCUUGUCCUCUCUGAAAAAGCAGAGAGAUGAGCUCGGCUUCAGACUCAAGCAGCAGUCGGUGGACAAGAACCUUUUGCACUCAACCGGCGAAAACAGCAAAACAAUCCACGAGGAGGAAACCGAAGGUGCACACUACGAAAUCGACGGGCCCUUGCGCAGAGUCACGCCGUACUUCUUCACGUAUCUUACCUAUUGCAAACUCCGCUGGAGAGACCGAAAACUCAUAGACAUCUUCACUGACGAAUUUAGGGACAAGGAGCCCAAGUUCUAUCGCAAGGCCAUUGCCGAAGGGCGGGUCUUGCUCAACAAAUCGCCCUCCAGCAUCGACUCGGUCGUGAAGAAUGGGGAUCUCAUCAGCCACCGGUUGCAUCGCCACGAGCCCGCCGUGACGUCUCGCCCAAUCAAAAUCAUUUUCGAGAACGACAACAUCAUCGCCAUUGAUAAGCCUUCAGGAUUGCCGGUGCACCCAGCAGGAAGAUACCGCUACAACACCAUCACGAAAAUCAUGCAACAUGAGCACGGCAUCACUGUUCACCCAUGCAACAGGCUCGAUAGACUCACGCUGGGCCUUAUGUUUCUUGGAAAAAAUGCCAAGGGCGCCGAUUCAUUGGUGAAGCAAAUCCGCGAAAGAAGCGUGAGAAAAGAAUACAUAGCCCGGGUAAAGGGCCAAUUUCCCUUGGGCAUGCAUAAGGUAGACCUGCCUUUGAGUACUGCGUCUCCCAAACAUGCGCUCAACGUGGUGGACCAUGAAAAUGGCAAGCCUGCCGAGACAGAGUUCUUCCGCAUCUCGUACGACCCAAAGUCAAACACGUCCAUCGUGAAAUGCCACCCACUAACUGGUAGAACCCAUCAAAUUAGAGUGCAUCUACAGUACAUGGGCCACCCGAUCGCAAACGACCCAAUUUAUGCCAGUGAAUACGUGUGGGGUAACCCAGACUUGGGUAAGGGCUGCAGCGGGGUUCCGGAUCCGGCUCUCAUUGCUCGUUUGGACACCAUCGGGAAAUCCAGAGCUUGUUCUACGUGGAUACAUCCACAAGAAGAUGGCGAGGUACUCAGUGAAGACACGUGCCCCGAAUGCCAGGCGCCGUUGUACACGGAUCCGGGUCCUAAUGACCUAGAUCUCUGGCUUCAUGCGUACAAAUACGAGGCCGAGGACAAGCUGUGGUCGUAUAAGGCAGACUAUCCUGAGUGGGCUUUGAGUCCUCACCGUCCUUUCAUGGAAUUGGCUCUUGAAAAUGCUAAGAAGUGCGGGGAGACGCAGACGCAGUUCAAUGUUGGUGCCGUCUUGGUGCUUGACGGGGAGGUUUUGGAAACAGGCCAUUCCAGAGAAUUGCCGGGAAACACGCACGCGGAACAGUGCGCUUUGGAGAAAUAUUUCGCCCGAACCGGGCUGACAGAUGUACCCGAAGGUACGGAGCUAUACACGACUAUGGAGCCGUGUUCAUUGCGCUUGAGUGGGAACGUUCCAUGCGUCGAGCGAGUUUUAUCUACGAGAAUUAAGACGUGUUUUGUUGGUGUUGUCGAGCCAGACACGUUCGUGAAGGAAAACACGGGGAGGAAGAAGCUCUCAGACUCAGGCGUGGAGUACAUCCAUAUACCAGGAUACGAGGAGGAGUGCUUGCGUGUGGCGAAGUUGGGACAUGAAAAGAUCGAAAGUGGCGAGAAGGGAGAUGACACGCCCGGUGCUGCUUAG